AUGGCCACUGUCAAGACAGCCAUAGGCUGUGUGGUGCGAGCCAUGAAACACGCGGGUAUUACUUCCUUGACUCCAGAAACUCUUUACCGAGGAAUAGCAAAUUCAGAGAUGCUUGAGAAAUCGGACGUCUCUGCACUUUUCUACUCGCUACACGACCUUCUAAUAGCAGUGUAUUACUACCGGGGCCAGCUUGCCGAUCCAUCUGCCCAGCUCCAAGCCCUUGCCGCGGAGUACAGAAGUCGAGAUAAAGUCCGUCCCACAGCGCGGGACUUUCUUUUGGUCAUGGAGAACGCCCUCAUCAAAAUGGGAUUUGCUUUCUCUAUCACACGUACUCAUGUUCACACCGCCGACCUUUGUAGGGCUGUGGCAGACUUUGAUGGCCAUACUAUGGCUUUAGCAAUUUGCUACGUUGUGUUAAUUUCUCGCCUCCUACACGUUGCCCUUUUUACCUCUAUCAAUGUCUCAGGCAUUCACUUAUGUGCUGAAAGCGUUACAAAAGAAGGUGUAGUGAGUAACAAAGGGACACACAAGCUAAGCGAUUCCAGAGGCGGAGCCAAGGGUGCAGCACCCAUCCAGAAAGCUCUAUCACUUAACCAGCGGCCACAGAGCCGCACUAGGACCCUUCCUCAAACGCAAGGAUCUCUGUCUAUAGAAGAAUCCGUCCCAGAACUGGUAAGUAAGAUACAUGAAGAUCUGGAAAGAAUUCGUAACUAUACACGCAAAAUCAACAUACUCUUACCUAGAUGGUCGUGCAGUGUCUCAGAAGCACUGCAUCCAGCAGAGAUUGCAGACAUUAUGGAUGGAAAGGCCCUCCCGAAGGAGUCGGAUCGAUCGAAGAUAGCGUUAUAUUCCAGAAAGCAAGCCAAUAGUCAAGAGUGUCUCCAGAGGAUCGCACAUGCUAACGCAAUCAUUGAUAUAAUUGCAUCCUUGGUGUACAGGGGGUUAUCAGACAAGAAGUAUUGGGUGGCUGCUCCAGGAGGGGGGACCACACCUUAUAGGCAGAGGGAGCUCUACGUUGAUGACGUGCACCUGGUUAACUUGCAAGUUCUAAAGCAGGUCCUAGGGGCCGCCUACUUGUCUACUAGCACCCCUUUGCACGGAGGAGAAAAGAUGCUCCUUCCAUUUGUCCGGGGAGGAGAAAGGUACCAUGACAACCUGAGACCGUUCUUGCAGCACCAUUCAGAGAAGCAUCGCAAGGCAAUGAAUGCAUCGACACGUACAUACAACGACAUCUGCAAGAUAAUAAACGACCUCAUGAUUGAUGCCGAUAACGUGUGCUUGAGAAGACUGCGUGACUUUGCCAAGCCAGAUCCUGAACGAGAUUAG